CUUACUGAGUGAUAAGUACACACACACACACGCACCCGCACACAGACGAGAGAGAGAGAGAGACAGAGAAGGAGAGACAACAGGUGUGUGUGUGAUAGAGUGUAGAGAAAAGAAUGAGUAUGUUUCUUGUUCUGUUGCUACAGCUGUUCUUCAGCGUCAGCCAGGCGACUAAUUUCUUAGGGACAGUGAUGACCUACGACCCGGAGACCAACAGCGAUGGAAUAUUCACAGUGGCUCUUCGCUUUAAGACAAACUUCCAGACGUGUAGUGCGUACAUCCCCUGGGAAUGCCGCACCGGUGAUUGUACGACGGUGUUCUUGGCGUCUCAUACGGUCUCUAACGAGAGCAGCGGAGAGUGGUGUCACAGAGAGGGACUCAUGAUUCUGCAGAUUACCGGCAACGAUCCCUUUCAGCUUUGGUUGAACGGUAACGCCUGGAAAAGCAACAUCAAUGGCAUUGUAUCAGUGAGAGCUUUGACUCUGGUUGAUCCGAGGACCCGGUCUGACACCGGCAAAGCCAACAGAUCACCGCAGACCACCAUGCUGCCAGUCCUGAGAGUUCCUUCAAACUGUCCGAGACAAAUACGCCUGUUGGCGUUUGACCCAGAUGGAGACAAUGUGCAAUGCAGAUAUGGAAACCAGUCCCAGUUUGAAUGUAACCCCUGCACACCUCCGCCUGUUCUCACCCUCUCAUCGUCAUGUGACCUGUCAUUCAGUGCCACCAACAGCAGUGCCGAGGGACUUUACGCAGUCCAGCUGGUGAUGGAGGACUCUCCUGGGCAACCUAUCACCCUGGCCCGCGGCGGUGUGGUGACGCCGAUAACUACCACCACCCCAAUCAGUAAAAUACCUGUCCAAUUUGCUUUUAAAGUGGAUCCUGCGGUGCCCUCCUGCACAGGCGGACUCUAUUUGCCCGGGUUCCAGUCUCCAACCCCAGCCAACAGAGCUCAGCUGCAGGCUUCAGUCAACCAGGUCCUGCAAAUCAGCAUCAAAGCAGUGGCAGCUAACUCAGCGAUCUCCGAGCUGCUGUUCAGCGGACCACACAAUAUCAACCAGACCAGGUCAGGAGCAGGAGACUUUACCCUGAGCUGGACUCCAUCAGUAAGCCAAAGUGGAGAGAACCAUCCAAUCUGCUUUGUUGUCCAAGCAGUUUCCGGUUCUAACAGGUAUCAGUCUGAGCUGCGAUGUGUCAUCGUAAUUGUCGCAAACAGUGAGAGACGCUUGCCUCGAGCUGUGCCGGCAUCCCGGAACAUUACCAACGCUACAGCUAUUGCCACUACUACUCCACCACUGACUUCUCCCACAACCGUGGCAGUAACUUCAGCAGUAUCCCAACCCAGUACUAUCACUACAACCACGCCCACAACUACUCCAGCACUGACUAUACGCACAGCCGUGGCAGUAACUUCAGCAGUAUCCCAACCCAGUACUAUUGCUACAACCACGCCCACAACUACUCCAGCACUGACUCCACCCACAACCGUGCCGGUAACUUCAGCAGUAUCACAACCCAGUACUAUCACUACAACCACGCCCACAACUACUCCAGCACUGACUCCACGCACAACCGUGGCGGUAACUUCAGCAGUAUCCCAACCCAGUACUUUUGCUACAACCACACCCACAACUACUCCACCAACUACCCCCAUUAACACCACAACUACACCAUCAACUAUCCCCUUUACCACCACAACUACCCCCAUUAACACCACAACUACACCACCAACUAUCCCCUUUAACACCACAACUACACCACCAACUAUCCCCUUUAACACCACAACUACACCAUCAACUAUCCCCUUUACCACCACAACUACACCACCAACUACCCCCAUUAACACCACAACUACACCACCAACUAUCCCCGUUAACGCCACAACUACACCACCAACUAUCCCCUUUAACACCACAACUACACCAUCAACUAUCCCCUUUACCACCACAACUACACCACCAACUACCCCCAUUAACACCACAACUACACCAUCAACUACCCCCAUUAACACCACAACUACACCACCAACUACCCCCAUUAACACCACAACUACACCACCAACUAUCCCCUUUACCACCACAACUACACCACCAACUACUACCUUUACCACCACAACUACACCAACAACUACCCCCUUUAACACCACAACUACAGCGGCAAUUACCACUGCCAACACGGAGAUAACUACAACGACAGCAGGACCCGUCCCUACAGCUGGACAAGUCGUCCUGCGGCUGAAGGCGAGGAUCACGUCUGUGAUCGAGUUAACAGAGGACGAGAUCAGGAACAUCGUCCUUCCACAGUUUAAAAAUCAACUGGUAACAUUAGGAGUCCCGAACAGCGUCAAUGUGACUCUAGUCUCUGUGCUCUAACUGGAUAUAUGUAAAGAAAACAGCCACUGACGCCCCCUGCUGGUUCACAGUCACCACCACUGAUCAGCUCCUGUGGAAAACAUCAUUUGUUGCAAGGACUUUAAUGAUAGUUAGAUGUUAUUUGGUCAUUGUUUUUGUUAUCAGAAUGUAGAUAAAUGUCUUAAAUCUUCAUAAUCGGACAAAGUUACAGCAUAAAUGUUUACUAACGACUAUUUCCAGUGAAAACAAUCUGUCAGAAUGAAACUUCACCUCAGUCGACUUCAGCUUCCUCCCUGCAUGUACUACUAAUGCUAAUGCUCAAGCUAAUAAUAAACAGAUAGGUAUAAUAAACAGUUACAAUUUGUGAGCUACAUGUUUUAGUUUUGCUGUAAAUAAAAGCAUUUUUUUUGUA